UAUCAGUUAGAUCAGAUGUCCACGCUGAUUGCUUUUCUUGUCACACAGCCCACUGAUGGUCCAGGGAGACCCUUACUCGUGACAUCAGGGUGGGGAACGCUGAAGGAGAACGGCGUGGAGUUCGAAGCCUGUCUGGUGGCGCAGUGUGACGCCCUCAUCGACGCCCUGAACCGACGCAAGGCCCAGCUGCUGACCCGCGUCAACAACGAACAUGAGCACAAGCUGAAGGUGGUGAGGGAUCAGAUAUCUCACUGUACGGUGAAGCUGCGUCAGACGACAGGCCUGAUGGAGUAUUGUCUAGAGGUCAUCAAAGAGAACGACCCCAGCGGAUUCCUACAGAUCUCAGACGCCCUGAUCAGGAGGGUGCACAUGACAGAGGGUCAGUGGGGGAAGGGAACCCUGACCCCCAGGAUGACCAGUGACUUUGACCUGACCCUGGACAGCGGACCCCUGUUACAGACCAUCCACCAACUAGACUUCAUACAGAUGAAAGUUCCGUCUGCCCCCAUGCUCCAGCUGGAGGAAUGCUGCACCAUCAACAACAGCGCCACGUUGUCAUGGAAACAACCGCCUCUCUCCACCAUCGCCGUGGACGGAUACAUCCUGGAGCUGGACGAUGGCAACGGGGGACAGUUUAGGGAAGUGUACGUGGGGACGGAGACGAUCUGCACGGUGGAUGGACUCCACUACAACAGCACCUACAUGUCCAGGGUCAAAGCCUUCAACGCCAGCGGAGUAGGACAGUACAGCAAGACGCUGGCCAUGCAGACCUCCGAGAUUGCCUGGUUCACCUUUGACCCCGCGUCGGCCCAUCCUGACAUCAUCCUCUCCAACGACAACCUGACGGUGACGUGCAACAGCUACGACGACAGGGUGGUCAUGGGUAAUUCCGGCUUCUCCCGCGGUGUGCACUACUGGGAGAUCACGGUGGAUCGCUAUGACAACCACCCAGACCCUGCGUUCGGGGUUGCCCGCGGCGACGUGCUGAAGGACGUGAUGCUGGGGAAAGACGACAAGGCCUGGGCCAUGUACGUGGACAACAACCGCUCCUGGUUCAUGCAUAACAACUCACACACCAACAGGACGGACGGGGGCGUCAGUGAAGAGGCUACAGUAGGAGUGUUGUUAGACUUCACCAGAGGGGUGCUCAUCUUCCUCAUCAACGACGAACAGCAGGGUCCUGUGGCCUUCGAAGGCAUCGAGGGGAUCUACUACCCUGCUGUCAGCCUCAACCGCAACGUACAGGUGACCCUGCACACCGGCCUGCCCAUUCCUGACUUCUACACUCCAGGGGAAGCAGACCUGUCUGGCUCAGUGUGUUAAGGAGUUGACUCAGCACUGCAGUGAAGCAAGACAAUGGCACCCUAUUCCCUAUAUAGUGCACUACAUUAGACCAGAGCCUUAUAGAACCCUAUUCCCUAUAUAGUGCACUACAUUAGACCAGAGCCUUAUAGAACCCUAUUCCCUAUAUAGUACACUACUUUUAACCAGAGCCCUAUAGAACCCUAUUCCCUAUAUAGUGCACUACAUUAGACCAGGGCCCUAUAGAACCCUAUUCCCUACAUAGUGCACUACUUUAGACCAGGGCCCUAUAGACCCCUAUUCCCUAUAUAGUGCACUACAUUAGACCAGAGCCCUAUAGAACCCUAUUCCCUAUAUAGUGCACUACAUUAGACCAGAGCCCUAUAGAACCCUAUUCCCUACAUAGUGUUUUAACCAGAGCCCUAUAGAACCCUAUUCCCUAUAUAGUGCACUACUUUUAACCAGGGCCCUAUAGAACCCUAUUCCCUAUAUAGUGCACUACAUUAGACCAGAGCCUUAUAGAACCCUAUUCCCUAUAUAGUGCACUACAUAAGGAAUACGGAGCCAUUUGGUACUCAGAAAGGCACCAGGCUGCUCAAUUUCUGGGCUCUCUAGUGUUAUGUCCCAAAUUGCACCCUAUUCCCUAUAUUUGGCACUAGUAUUGCAUUACAUAGGAAUAAGGUGGGAUUUUAGAUGUUCCCAGGAGGGUUAAUUUAACUCACAGCCGUGUACACAACACAACACCACGCCCUCCUUUCCCUUUCCUCUAUAGACCAACCAGCCGCAUCGUCCUACAUCAGAUAGAGCAAUCUUUGCCUGUCGAUCGCGGGACUAGUGUUGGGUUGGAGUGACGUCGACUGACAACGCUCCUGACCCCUGAACUCUACAGAUCACCAGACGGUCCAGACCCAUAGCCUUGACUGUCAAUACUGAGCCAUACAUGGAUAUACUGCUCCAUAACCAAGGACACUCAGCCAUACGUGUACAUACAUACUGCUCCGUAACCAUGGAUACUCAGCCAUACAUGUACAUACAUACAUACUGCUCUGUAACCAUGGAUACUCAGCCAUACAUGUACAUACAUACAUACUGCUCCGUAACCAUGGAUACUCAGCCAUACAUGUACAUACAUACAUACUGCUCUGUAACCAUGGCUAUUCAGCCAUACAUGUACAUGGAGGCUGCUCCGUAACCGUGGAUACUCAGCCAUACAUGUAUAUACUGCUCCGUAACCAUGGAUACUCAGCCAUACAUGUACAUACAUACAUACUGCUCUGUAACCAUGGCUAUUCAGCCAUACAUGUACAUGGAGGCUGCUCCGUAACCGUGGAUACUCAGCCAUACAUGUAUAUACUGCUCUGUAACCAUGGAUACUCAGCCAUACAUGUACAUACAGACUGCUCCAUAACCAUGCUCUGUAACCAUGGAUACUCUGCCAUACAUGUACAAACAUCCUGCUCCAUAACCAUGGAUACCUGGAACUCUUAGCUGGAAAUGGAACUCUGAGCUUACUGUCCUGUCUUAACAUGUAAAUUAUUAUGAUUGGGUUAAAGUCUACCAGCUUCAUCCAUCUAACCAAUCAAAGAAGACUAUUACUCAUCACCAGACUCCAGAACCCUCCCCUGUUAGUUCUGGUUCUAGAACUCUGUAGAGGACAACAAUGUUAUCAUAGACUUACAGGGACAAUUAGGGUUUUGGUUCAUUUCAUAUCAAUUCCAGUUCAUUCAGAAAAUAAACCCAAAUUAAAUUCCAAAUUUUCCUCAUUGAAGAGAGUUGACUGGAUUUGAAAUUGAAUUAACCCCAUAACCACCCUGUGUUGUAUCCACCAUAACCACCCUGUGUUGUAUCCACCAUAACCACCCUGUGUUGUAUCCACCAUAACAACCCUGUGUUGUAUCCACCAUAACCACCCUGUGUUGUAUCCACCAUAACAACCCUGUGUUGUAUCCACCAUAACCACCCUGUGUUGUAUCCACCAUAACCACCCUGUGUUGUAUCCACCAUAACCACCCUGUGUUGUAUCCACCAUAACAACCCUGUGUUGUAUCCACCAUAACCACCCUGUGUUGUAUCCACCAUAACAACCCUGUGUUGUAUCCACCAUAACCACCCUGUGUUGUAUCCACCAUAACAACCCUGUGUUGUAUCCACCAUAACAACCCUGUGUUGUAUCCACCAUAACAACCAUGUGUUGUAUCCACCAUAACAACCCUGUGUUGUAUCCACCAUAACCACCCUGUGUUGUAUCCACCAUAACCACCCUGUGUUGUAUCCACCAUAACCACCAUAACCACCCUGUGUUGUAUCCACCAUAACCACCCUGUGUUGUAUCCACCAUAACAACCCUGUGUUGUAUCCACCAUAACAACCCUGUGUUGUAUCCACCAUAACAACCCUGUGUUGUAUCCACCAUAACCACCCUGUGUUGUAUCCACCAUAACCACCAUAACAACCCUGUGUUGUAUCCACCAUAACCACCCUGUGUUGUAUCCACCAUAACCACACUGUGUUGUAUCCACCAUAACAACCCUGUGUUGUAUCCACCAUAACAACCCUGUGUUGUAUCCACCAUAACCACCCUGUGUUGUAUCCACCAUAACCACCCUGUGUUGUAUCCACCAUAACCACCCUGUGUUGUAUCCACCAUAACAACCCUGUGUUGUAUCCACCAUAACCACCCUGUGUUGUAUCUGUCCAUAACAACCCUGUGUUGUAUCCACCAUAACCACCCUGUGUUGUAUCCACCAUAACAACCCUGUGUUGUAUCCACCAUAACCACCAUAACAACCCUGUGUUGUAUCCACCAUAACAACCAUAACCACCCUGUGUUGUAUCCAGAAUAACAACCCUGUGUUGUAUCCACCAUAACCACCCUGUGUUGUAUCCACCAUAACAACCCUGUGAUGUAUCCACCAUAACCACCCUGUGUUGUAUCCACCAUAACAACCCUGUGUUGUAUCCACCAUAACCACCCUGUGUUGUAUCCACCAUAACCACCCUGUGUUGUAUCCACCAUAACCACCCUGUGUUGUAUCCAGCAUAACAACCCUGUGUUGUAUCCACCAUAACAACCCUGUGUUGUAUCCACCAUAACCACCAUAACAACCCUGUGUUGUAUCCACCAUAACAACCAUAACCACCCUGUGUUGUAUCCACCAUAACAACCCUGUGUUGUAUCCACCAUAACAACCCUGUGUUGUAUCCACCAUAACCACCCUGUGUUGUAUCUGUCCAUAACAACCCUAUGUUGUAUCCACCAUAACCACCCUGUGUUGUAUCCACCAUAACCACCCUGUGUUGUAUCCACCAUAACAACCCUGUGUUGUAUCCACCAUAACCACCAUAACCACCCUGUGUUGUAUCCACCAUAACCACCAUAACAACCAUGUGUUGUAUCCACCAUAACAACCCUGUGUUGUAUCCACCAUAACCACCAUAACCACCCUGUGUUGUAUCCACCAUAACAACCCUGUGUUGUAUCCACCAUAACCACCCUGUGUUGUAUCCACCAUAACCACCAUAACCACCCUGUGUUGUAUCUGCGAGUCAUAGUAAUAACUCUGUGGUCUCUAAAUGUUGCCAUGGUGAUGUUCUACUGCUAUACUACUGCUAUACACCCACACACACACACACACACACACACACACACACACACACACACACACACCCGCACGCACAUACACACACACACACACACAUACACACACACAUAU